CGGGUGGAAAAAAAAGUUAAAGUGAAAAUGGCUUCCUUGUCUUUGGAGUCCACAGAACAAUCUGAGAACAGCACAGGGGAGCCAGCGGCAUCGGAGACCAAAGACGAGAAAGAUCCGCUCCAAGUUUCGGAACAAUUACUCCAGAGUUUCCAAAAGUCGGCUUUGAGUUUUUCCACUGACCAAGUCUCAUGUCUCUGCGAGGCCCUUCUGCAGGCGGGCAAUGUGGAUCGCCUGUGGAGAUUUCUUUCCACCAUACCUCCUUCGUCCGAGCUGCUACGUGGCAACGAGACCCUGCUAAAGGCCCAGGCACUGGUGGCUUUCCACCGGGAGGAAUUCAAGGAACUGUACGCCAUCCUGGAAAGCCACAACUUCCACCCGUCUAACCAUGGGUUCCUGCAGGACCUGUACCUCAAAGCCCGCUACAAGGAGGCGGAGAGGUCCCGGGGCCGCAGUCUGGGCGCAGUGGACAAGUACCGGCUCAGAAAGAAGUUCCCCUUACCCAAAACCAUCUGGGAUGGAGAAGAGACUGUGUACUGCUUCAAAGAGAAAUCCCGAAAUGCUCUGAAAGAGUGCUACAAGAGCAACAGGUAUCCCACGCCGGACGAGAAGAAAAACCUGGCUAAAGUCACCGGGCUUUCCCUCACACAGGUCAGCAACUGGUUCAAGAACCGCAGGCAGAGGGACAGGACCCCGUCCGGGACGCACAGCAAAAGUGAGUCAGAUGGGAACCACAGCACUGAAGAUGAGGCCAGUGCGAUGGAUGACACCCCCGACAAACCAGAGGAGGCUGCUGGCUCCGCAGCUUCGAUCAUCUCUGUCUCUUCCAGCACUGGAGGCCAGCUCAUCCUCAACGGAUCCAGCGGCUUCCUCACAGCCUCUCAGCCAUUAUUGCUCAAUGGAAACUCCCUGAUCUCCAGCAGUGGCGCUGGUGUCAUAAUUAAUGGGAUAAAUUUAGGCGAUUGCCAGACCGUCACACUGAGCCCUGUUGCAACCAACUCUCCUUUAAUACUGAACGGGGCUCAAGUAAUAACCAAAUCUGGAGUCAGUGUUCAGCGGUCGCAGCAAGCCGUUUCUGGGGCAGUGCAGGAAGUUUCAGAAAUAGAUGCCAAGGCGAGCAGUCUACCAGCAGUUGUUCUUAACACUAACACCACGCCCGUCUCAAACCCCAUCAUUUCUCUUCCUCUGCAAACCAAGACAGAGAGUGACAGUGCAAUGGGUUUCAUCAGUGUUUCUGAAUCAGAGGGCAACAGCCAGACAGUAUCAUCCUCUUCCUCCCCCUCUCCAACCCUGUCCUCCCCAACCAGUCUCUCUUCACUAGUCUUAACACAAAGCCACCAACGUCAGGAGUCCCUCCCCCUCCCAGUUUCUCUGUCAUCUGCGGGCAUGCUUAUCCCCAGUUCUGCAGGGUCUCUCUCCAUUCAGCAAGGGGAGUAUGGUGCCUCUGCAACUCCUGCCUCUACCAGCCUCAACCCUCCUAGCUCUGUGAUUUCCUCCAGCAACUCCACCCCUCAGGCUUUCUCUCUUCCCCAGGUUGUGCCUUCCAUUCAGGGUAUACCAGUGUCCCACCUGGUCCAGCACUCUUCAGGAGCCCAGGUGUCCCAAUGCCCUCAGCUUGUGCCAGUAUCCCCCCUCACCUCGCCAGCACCUCAGUUUCAAAACCACCAGACUCUGAACACAGGAAACAGACGGGCACAGCAGCAACAGGAAGCCUCAGCAGCUAUGUCUGAAGGUGCCACAACCAUAGUUUCCAUCUCACCACUCAACAACAGUCAGCUCCCCCACCACAUGAUGCAACAACUGGGGGAGCAGCCCACAAACUCUACACCCAGCAAAAUCCAGGCUCCACAGGUUAUUUCCAUCUCUUCCCCAACACAAGUUGUCCCAGUUCCCCAGGCCAAAGGUGGCACACCAGCACAGCUGGUCCCACUCUCUGUGCCCCAGCUGGUCCCAGUCUCCUCCAUCCAAACUUCCUCCACCAUCUCUUUCCCCCAGGUGGUACCUGCCAGUCCUUCUAUCUCCAUCCCUUCUGCUAGAGUGCCCUUACAGAUCCUGACUUCAACCCCUGCAGCUGGAGGGAUCGCACAGGGAACUCUGAGGAUAAACCAGCUGAGGCCCAUUCAGAGUGUGGCUCCUCCAACCAGCGUGGCCCCUACGGUGCAGCUCCUAAACUCCGGCAUAAUUCAGCUACCCUCUGCUCCUCCAGGUAACCUCCUUCUUGGUGGAAGCCCCUACCUGAGUGUCCAGCAAGGCAAGCUGAUUCUGACCAUCCCAGCAGGCAUUCAGCUCACCAGUUUGCCCCUGAAACCAGUCCCAGAUCCUUCUACCAUCUCUGCAAACGGAGUGAUUCCCGGUCUCAACCCCUCUACCCCACCUGUAGCCUCACAGCCUUCAAACACCUCUGGCUUGACACCCAGCGGCCUCACAUCAUCGCCCCUGAACUUCAUCAACUCAUCUCCACCCUACUGCGCUCCAGAGACUGCGAUCCCAAGCAGCCAGGCGCCUGCCGUCCCCUCCCCUCACGCUCUGGACCACACAUCCACCCCGACAACACAGAGUGCUCUAACUCCAGAAAGCAUGCUCACCCUCAGUCCCAUGUAUGCUGGAGUGACGCCAAACAGCCAGCUGUCACAGCCAGCGUGGAGUCCAGUGCCCCUCUCAACUUCUGCCAGUUUAACUCUGUUUGAUGUGCGCAGCAAGGGGGACCUACCUGUAGACCCAGCCUUGUUGGGCCUACCUGGUGGGGAGUCGCUGCUUCUGGGAAGCCCCUCUCCAGAGCAGGAUGUGGAAGCCAGCUCGCCACUGAAUCCAGAGGAGAUUGAUGGAGAAUCAAAAAUCCUUACUCAGCUCCAGUCUGUCCCUGUGGAUGAAGAACUGGGAUUGUAGUUCGUGAAACUGGUCCAGCACCUCAGAUCUGUUUGCCUUGUUUUGAUGACUUGAAAAAAAAUGUUAGCCCACAUCAUCCAUCAUCUAAGACCUGCAUGUCUUUUAUAACAUACAACAGCAAUGCUCUCUCUGUCAUGGUGCUAGCUGGAACUUCUGCAGGCUCCCUUUAUUAUGGAUGGGAUAUUAUUCACCUAGUGGUUCACUAUCAGAUUACUCCUCUUUACGUGCCUUAUUUUCUUUAUACAUCAGAUACACACAGAAGAAUUAACAAGGAUUAAUCUGCUUGGCUCACUUAAAAGUCCUGAUUUUUACACACAAGAGGUCGUGGAUUUGCCCAUUUGGAUCUUGUAGCAGUUUUCUGGACUAACUCAGCUCUAUGUCUGGGUGUCUGGAGGCAAUGUUGUGGAUCCAGUGAAAAAGUUCCACUCCCUGUCCAGAACUCAAGAUAUUCAGGACUUUGGGUUUGUUUUCCUUCCUAGUUACAGCCCUAAUAAUAUAUAUAUAUGAAUCUAUAUUAUUCUGUCUAUAUUAUUCUAGCAAUAUUCCAGCAAUAUCCACCCAGCAGUUCUCCUCUGAGCUCCUCCUCACUUCCUCUGUGACUCUGGAGGAUUUCAUUUGCUCCAAUGAACUUGUUCUUUUGGUUACCACCAAAGCUAUCUGCAAUAUUUAAUUCCCCAGAGUGCAGAGUACGAAUGUACAUUCAAAAUAACUGACUGGCAAAUUGUCUGCCUCCCAGCUCCAUAUUUUCCCCACCCACCAAUACCAAACAAGACUUCAAGAUAAUUUAACUUCUACACAGGUAGCACAUUUGCUUAACAAAAGAUCCCACUUUGAAUUCCAGGGGGUUAGGAAGAGCAUCUGAUGUAAAAAUCUUCCAAAACCCUUGUGAAUAAGGGAGCAGCUACAACACAAACUUAUCCCACACCCACAGUGGAGACUCUGGCAAAACCGGCCAGCAGGACCACACCAUCUGACCACCGAACUCAAAGUCAUCAGAGGCCCAAAAUUCUCUGUAGAAGUUAUGAACAUAUUCGGUGACUAAAAGCAUCCGUAGCUGAGUCUAUUGCCCAGUGACAAUGAGGUUGACCGGGAAUAUCGUGAAUAUUCUAAUCGUCACAAACGGUUGAUCACAAUUGAAAGGGCUCCACAACAGUAUUUUAUUACAAGGUAGCAAUAUUGUUUUUAUCAGUAAAUUCUCUGCAGAUUCUAGGAGGCACCACAGCCCUACCUUUGUUUAAAAAAUAUAUAGAGCAUAGGAAGAAAUAAAGGGGAUUAUACUCUAUGCAAUGCAUGUUUAGUAGGACACUAUGUCGCACAAUGGCUGAGUGAAUUUUUUUUUUUUUAAGCCAGUACUCUUGGGAGAGGAAAAGAAGCUAUGCUGAGCUUUGGAAAGGAAGCCGAGCAUUACACUAAAAAAUUUUGCUGUGAUCCCAACUGAGUGAUGUUUCCUGUCAAUGUCUCAGCAUGUUGAUACUUAUAAGUGCCUUAUUUUAAAGCUUACAGGUUUGAUGCUAUUGAUGUUCUGACUCUUGAAACUGUUUUUUAUAUUUGUUAUGUAUUCAACCAAAUAUCUGGAUUCACUUCAUAUGGACUGUCUGUGCCUACAUUUAUGAAUGAGUUUGUUCGGUGAAACACAAACGUGUCUAUUUUUUUGUUUGUUUUUGGUUGUGUAGUUGUAGCUCGGUCGUUUUGUAUAUUUUGCACAUUUCAUUCGCAUAAUGUUUACGCCAUGCUGCCACGGUGUGAUGACAGUGGUCGGACUCAUUUCACACUCUCUUAGUAACAGUGACACAGAAAGACAAAUCAAGGAGUUGUGAUUUCCUGAUGAAACCUGUCGUAAACUUUAGGCACAGCUCGAUCAAGCUGAACCUAAAAGCUGUGAGCUUUCUGUCGUAACACAGGUAGCGGUCAAACCUUUGGCCAGUUAUGGUACACAAAAAAUACACUUAUAGUUACAAUAAUGGCCUGUGUGUGUUUUUGUUAGUGUUUGUUGUUGGUCUCAUUUAAUCUAUUUAAAGCAUGCAUCAAUCAGUAUGUAGUUUUUAAACUGUCCUUUUGGAGAACCCGUUUAUAGGAAAUGUUCAUUUUCACUUGGAGGUUGUAGUGUGGGUUUUUACAAGUUCAGACUGCAGUUGUUAAAUCAGCCUCCAGGACAUUUUUAUAUAGGUCACCCCCCCGUUAAUACCUUUUAAGGUAAUUUGUUCCUGUGGCCUUGGCUUGGACAUAUGAGUUUCAUCCUGAAUUUAGCUGAACAUUUAAAAAAAACAUUUUUUGGUAAGGGAUAUGUGUCCAUUGUGUUUGUUCAUAUUAGCCAUUUCUUACCAAAGUAUGUUCAUUAAAGCCUGUGCGGCUUAUGCACACGUGUUCCUGGAUUUGUUUUUUUUUUUUUACUCUCCAGCCUGAUGCAUAAUAAUAAGACUCCAGACUCAACCAAAGAUAUUGUGGGGUUUUUUUUUCUCUUUUUUAAAAAAAAACAAAAAACACAUUUUUAAAGGGAUCAUUUGUGUCUCAUCUUCUCAUUUUUGUACUCAAAUGCAUUC